GUUGCCAACGAUUUUAAUUUAAAACUGAGCCAGUGUAUUUGUGUUCGACUUGAACUGUUCUCUUUGAAUUUUUGCACGUAGUGUUAUCCUGCACUCUUGUGUUGCUAAUAGCUUCAUUUUAUCCCCCCUCUAAUUCUUUUGUGAAAAUAAUGUUUGGAAUUUAACUACUCUAUUAUGUAUCUAUGAUUUGUAUUACUUUUGUGUAUAAUGUAAAGCUAACCUCUAAUCAUAUAUUUACAAGUUAAUAAUCUUUUUUGGGAAAUUUUUACUAUGUCAUCAAAAAAGGCUGUCGAUAAAGGUGACCAUAUAAUUACCACUGAAACUGUAUGGUCACGAGCAUUAAAAUCAAAUUCAGAAUGGCCAGACAAAGAAGAAUUUUUGGAUGUUAUUUACUGGUCUCGACAAGCACUUGGUAUCAUCAUGGGCCUUGUGUGGGGACUCAUUCCGCUGAAGGGAUUUGUAGCUUUGCUGUUGUUUGUGGUGGUGAACGCGGGUGUGAUCUACCUGUACUUCAGCAGUUACCAGAGCGUUGAUGAAGAGGAGUACGGGGGUGCGUGGGAGUUGACGAAAGAAGGCUUUAUGACAUCGUUUGCUGGCUUUCUGGUAACAUGGAUUAUUAUUUACUCUGGACUCCAUUUUGACUGACAGCACGCCAGGCAGUUGUUUCUGCCCUCGCCUGCUGUAUAUUUUCAUCCACUGCAGUUUCUGUGGUCGAAUUAGGUUGCGGUGUAACUGUCAAUCAUUGGCAAGCAUGUUGUGGGAUGUGGUGGUAGAAUGAUUAUGUAUUCUCGAAGCUUGGACUCUAGAUCAAUUUAUUAUAGUAAUAAUUAUUUAUUCAGUAAUUUUAGCUCCUUACCAUGCGAUUUUUACCUGUCCAGAAUUCCUUGGAUGUGGUUAUGUUGUACUUGAGGUGCAAAAACAAUUGAAAUAGUUUUGGGGUUGUGUGACUUAUUGCUUCAUGUUGUAUGUAAUAUUGGUGUUAAGGCCUAAAUGGUUUUUAUGGGAUUGUAUUGCAAUAUGAGUAUAACUUAAGGCUGCAGAAUAUCAAGCAUGCCAGGCAAAAUUGUAAAGACAUGCUUGAAUUUAAAACACUUUACUUUAAGCAAUGAAAUUUUGUGGUGAGCAGAUUGACUGUGUUUGAAAGUGCUGGCGUGACAUAGGUGCUGAAGAGUUUUGUUGUUUGUUAGAAACUCUUGAUAUUCAAAAUUGAGUUACGCCUUCAUUAAUACAGCUCGUGCAUUUAUACUGAGUUAUUUUCACUGUCCCACAAAAUGAAGCAAAACUACACCAAGAGCUAUUGGGACUUAAUUAAUUUUUCUCCUUUAUACAAAAAAAAAUCAUUAUUUGUCCAGUUAAGGAUGGAAUAGUUACUACAACUGCAAUUAAUAAAUACAAUUAUGGCCCUUUCAAGCUUAUGCUUAAUAAUGAAGUUUUACAACUUCAUGGUGUACAGUUUGUUAAAAUAAAAAGUUCAUAGUUAUUUUAGUGAUAGGCAGGUUUUACAGUCAAAGUUUAGAACUUUGCAAAAUGCAGUUAUUCACUAUGUCGAAAGGCACUAGAAUAAUUUUUGCAAUGUGUAAACUGUACUGCUAAGCCAUUUGUAAUAUUUGGCCUUGUGUUAAAAGUAGUGCAAGAAUAGGAUGAUUCAGAAUUGUGUAUGCUGAUAUUGUGAGGUGAUUACUCUUGAGAAAGAAAGUUGAAACAUAGCCACAAUUUUUAAAAGUUGAUACGAAAAGAGCUAUGGGUACCAGAAAAUUCAUUUAACAAUUCUCUUUAAUAAAUAUUUACCAGCACAUAUGUUUGUUAGUAAUGUUUAAAAUUACUAAGAACUAAAAUUGGGAAGGCUUUGGUUACUAAUACUACUUUUUCACGGUGUAAAAGUGGGGGCUGUCAAGUCUCCCGCUCAGCUUGUAUUUAGUGGUUUUUCUUAAAUGUGUCCCUCCGAAAAACUGCUUUGUAGUUUUCACCACAUGGACUGAAACACUAGCGUAUUCAAAUUUGUCUUCCUAAUGCCUGUAACUCAUUUGGCCCCCUUGAAAAAUACAUUUUAUGUCUUGAACUUCAGUAGAACCCUGUUACAUAAUUUUUCAAGGGGGGCAUAAGUAAAAAACAUGAGCAGGAAAUAUAAAUUUAGCACUUGUCAGUGUUUGACCAUUUUACUAAUGGACUCAUCAAGCUAUGCAAACAAAUUUAAUGUUAUAACCACCGAUGGUUACACUUGGUGCUCGAAUUUGCUUAACCAACCAAGCCAAAAAUUUUCAACUUUACCAUGCUUCCAGAACACUUUUUUUUUGCCAUCAUGGCAAACUAAAAUAUUGUAGGAAUAUGUAUGUAAAUCUGAAAAUACACUAGAGUGGCAGGAAACUGAAGGAUUUUUCCAAGAUAAGGGUGCCAACAAACACGUAAAUGCAAAUGUUAUGUACCUCUGAUAUAUUGAAUACACAGCGUUAGCCAGCACUUACUUGUAGCGCUAGUGUUUUGUGUUACACUUACAUUUUGUUUUUGCAUACAAUCCUCUUUGAUCAAUCUACAUCUGUGGUGUAACAUGAUUGUAAACAAAAAUGUACGUUAAGUGUAAAGUAAACCUUUUAACAUGUUAAAUUUCACAGAUAAUGUGUGUUCAAAAGUUAGGUUUUUAAAACUUUUUUUUGUUGCAUUUAUUGAAUUUUAGAAAGCAAACAUUAUAAGCAAGUACUGCACCAUUUGUGAAACGUUAAAUGCAGGAAAUAAAUUCAUUGUCUUUAUGGGGAAAAAUGUCGAGACUUAAAAAGUUUGGUGUUAUGUAUAAGCAGCAACAUAAUAACAGGGUUCUACUACACAUGUUAUUGUUUUAAUUCAUAUGAAGAGCACCCACAAAUCCUAGAAAUUCCUCUUUAAUCAAGGGCACAUGUUAUAGCUACCCACUGAUCUCCUUGUAACUUUUUAGAUGUGCUAAUGUUAGUUUGUAUGUUGGUAUUGUGAAUUUUCAAAAACAAUAUUAGACAUACUUAACAAUCACAGAGGAAAAUGUAAAUAGUAAGUAAACUAAAAUGUUGAGUCAUGUGACAUCAUUAAGUGCAUUAUAAUUAAUUUGUAUCAAGAAUUCAUAAAGGCUUUGCUAAGUCACUUUUAAAUCACUUUUUGAAGUUUGUUGACAGUUGUUAAGUUCAUUUACAUCGAAAAUUUAGCUUAACUUCACACUGCAUAAGCUGGCUACGAGUACGUUGAGAAUGACCACAUUUAGAUCACUGCAAAAAUAUAAAAAUGUAUUUAUGUCUCAAUAUACCGAGGCUAAUUGAGUAAAUUUGUUUUUGAAGUGUCUUCCAGUCCUGACAAGAAAUUUUAUUUGCAUUAACCACACUGUUUUUUUGAAGAUUUUGUGAAUUUAUUUAUUAUAAUAUAGUAUAUAAUUCUUAUGUGUAUAAUAUAUGGAGAAACUCUAGUUAAAUUCUAAAAGAAUUAUUUAGAUUAUAGUUUUUCUUUUGUUCAUUCAUACUUUUUUUUUGUAUUUUUUGUAUUUUUAAACUGAUAACUGUUUUGCACUCAUUUUUAAAGGUCAAAAAUAACAGCUGCAUUAAUUAGAUCACAUGCUUAGUAAACAUGGUAAUCAUUUUAUUUCAAAAUUCUGUAAUCAAGAUUUUAGGUUUCAAAGUUUCAACUAUUUCCAGGGUAAAUUCUUGAUUACUUGUAAUGAUUUCAAGAUAAAUAUGAUGUACUGUUCUAUGCGUUAUAGCUAGUCAUUCUAUAAUUAAAAUCAAACUGCCAAUAAAUUUUGAAAUAUUUGUUACAAUUUUAAAAACUGUAUUUUAUUUUUCUUGUGUUGUCACUGUUUUUUAUUAAUUUGUUGGAAUUUGUGUAUUGCCUUGUUAAAUUGGUGUUGAUAAUUUGUAAUGAGUUAUGUUAUUGGGAUUUAUGAACACAAAAAAUUAAUUUAUUGUGCAGAUGAAGAAAACAUGUAUGAAUCUAUUUUAUAAGCUCAGCAAUAAAUAAUUUGUGUACAAUGCUGUACAGUGUAUAA